CAACUGUACACAAUUCUGCAACAAAGUCAACAAAGUCAAUGGUGGCAGCAGCUGAAGCGGACGCGGUCGGUACGCCUGCAGCCAGCGUUGCAUGCACAGUGUCUCCGUCCGGGACAUCGAAUGCAUCUCCUUCACCAGACAAUGGAGUUUCUUCUGAUGUAUUGGCCACGGCGAAAGUCCCAGUGGAUGGCCCGGCCGACUCGGACGAAGAAGAGGUGACGACGGCUGAGUUCUCCGUGGACUUGGCCGACGGCCAGACAUGGGCCAUUAACUUCUACGAGUGCGCGGCCGAAGGAGACCUCGAAUGUCUUGAAGAGAUUCUGGACAGCGGACGCGUGGGUGUCAACGAUGUCGACGUCGACGGCUUUACUGCUCUCAUGGUGGCCGCGGCCGAGGGACACCGAGACGUGGUGCGCGCGUUGAUAAGACGCGGCGCCGAUGUCGGCGUCCGCACUCAUGAACUGCGCUCUACUGCUCUACACUUUGCCGCAAAGAACGGAGAUGCGGAGAUCGUGGCCGCUCUGUGUGAGUGCGAUGCAGCCGUGGUGGACAGCUGGAACGUAAAUGUAGACACGCCGUUGAUCUGGGCGUGUAUUGAAGGCCGGGCCGAGGCUGUGAAGGUGCUGCUGAAGCACGGAGCAGAUGUCAAUGUGUUGAAUCAGUACGGGGCGUCGACGUUGCUGUGCGCCGUGAUGAUCGGAGAAGAUCCGGAGCAGGAUGAGGAGAGUGACAAACGGCGUGCUGAGAUUCUGGCCAUGUUGCUGGAGAAGAACGGGAAGCUCGUGAACUUCCAGGACCGAGAGGGCAGCACGGCGAUGCACUUGGCGGCGGCGUGCGGAUACUUGGAGUGUGUGAAGAUACUGCUGGCGUCUGGCGCGGAUAUUACGCUACGGAAUGCGAUUGGACAGACACCGCUGGAAGAAGCUCAGGACUCGGAGCUUCGUGAGAGUGGCCAAUGUGUGGAGCAUCUGCGUGGGAUCUGGCGGCAGCUUGAAGAAGAAGCCGCGGCACGUAUGAUGGCGAUGCUCGAGAUGGAGGAAGAAGCAGACAAGAAUGCUACAGGAGCCUCUGGAACAGGCACUACCAAGAAAAAUAAGAAGAAACACAAGAAGGCCAAGCGCAAGGCCGCUAAACAACAACAGCAGCAGGAGGCCGUGUCGGAUGUUAACUCCGUCAAUAUCAAAUCAACGAAGCAGGAAGGGAGUAUGCAGACUGAGCCUGAACCUUUGAUUGAUGAGCCUUCUGCUGAACCCGAUCGCGAGACUACACUUGAGACUACCCGUGUGGAGAAGGAAGAGGAAGAAUCUGCGAGCUCUGAGGAGGAGCAAGAAUCACUAGUUCGAGACUCGAUGGUGUCUAUCGGUCAGGACUGCGAACAUGAAGAUAAUAACUUAGCGCCGGAUGAUACUAAAGACAUCGAUACGACGGUGUCGGCUGGUGCAUGGACUACUGUUGGCAAGAAACACCGCUCUCCUGUUUCUGCCAUCACCAGUUCAGCGAAAGCUCCUGUUAAUUCGCAAAAAGAGGCUCCACUGUCGACUCCCACUCGGCGAAAGGCUACGACGACUCCUCCCAAACCCGUCCCGAAUACUUCUCGCCGGAGAGUGAACCAAAGAUCAAGCAACGCUCAAAAUUCGGCCGGCGGUAGAGCAACUUCGACAUCAGCUUCUACAACCCCUUCCGUUGUUGUUCACACGUCUCAAGAGGAACGAUGGAAGAAACCAAGCAACUUCAGUACAUCACGGUCUAUUACGUCGUCGUCGCUACUGAACCCCAACGCUCUGACCUUCCGAUCACUUGGACUGGCAACUGCAUUAACUAAUGCGUCAAGAGAGUCGAACUCGACUAGUUCGAGCGGAAUUCCGUUUUCGUCUACAUCCCCAUGGAGGCCAGGCUUCAAGUCAUCGUCAGCAAUGGCCCCGUAUACCGUCGCUUCGUCAUCAAUAUCGUCCACGGGUGUACAUUACGGACGUCUAACGUGGAAGCAGCAACGUACCAGUGGUAACCACCAAGUGGCCCAUGAAGCUCGUGAUCGAUGGGUAAGCAAGCUUCGACUCGGCAACGAAAAUGUGGCCGAGACAUUGGGUUACCUGGCCUGUGGUCUAUGUGGUGAGCUUGUGAAUGACAAUCUACAAUGUAGUGGUGGUGCGUCGGGAAAUGCUGGCGAAAAGAUCUCAGCGUGUACACAACUGUACUGUGCUUCAUGUCUGGAAUCCUCGUCUUUCCGAACGGCUGAUUCGACCAUGUUUAAGUGCGUUCGAUGUCAUCAAGUGAUCACAAAGGAGUCCAUGACCCGCAAUAGCCUAGCGCAGGCCCAAGCUGCGUCGCUGGGGCUUUCCAUGUCAAACUCAACUAAUGCUGGCGGUCAGGACGAUUAUUCAUUGGAAGACAUGCAGCAUAUUCUGGAGGCCUCAGAGCCUCGAAUCUCUGCUGCGAACUUGCGUGUAUUCCACUUAGCUCCUGGAAUGGAUCUCAGUACACUGAGCAACGGCCAGCUCGAAGUGCUGGAAAGCGCUCAUCAACUUGCUCUAGCUCAGAUUAUGGAGCAACGUCUCACUAAUGCACGAACUCUCGAGCGUUUGCGAAUGGAGGAGUGGCUCAAAAUGCAACGAGAUGUGCUGCAGUUCGCUCCGCGAUGAAAUGGAACACCAUAAGCAUAGAAUAGAUACCUGUUUUGCUUUGUAUUUUAUCUUGAAUUUCUCAAAAGAUUGUAGUGAGUACGCAAUUAUUUUUCAAGCACAUGGAAACUUACGAGUGUCGUGCUGGUGGGAGGUCAUCGUAGUAGAUAUCGUCGCCGUC